UCUAUAGUUUGAGAUAGCCAGCAUAUGUGCUUCAAUUUAUGCUAGAACUCUCCCCUCCCUAAUUAAAAUGGUUUGGCUCAUUCGCUUUGUGCUUUUUAUCAAAAUGGCGGCCUUGGGUAGAUGUGAAAGGAGGAUGAGAAAAAAUAAUGGCUUUAGUUUACGUAAUAUCAUCUCAAGCGCAGUUAUUUGUUUGUUUACCACUUUAUUAGUGUCAAAGCCAUGCGUAGGAAAGAAAGCCGAAUCAGAGACCCCACCAAGACUUGACGAACUUGUUCUUACUGUAGAACAUGGACUGUCGAUAGAUGGAGAUUCAAGCUUCAAGCCUCGUGGAACAAUCUCUCUUCGUAGCCUCAAGAAUUCUCACGGAGCCUACAUCCAAAAGGAACAGCUAACCCGGGAAGAGCUUGAUACACUGAAAGAUAUGGCUAAAAGGAAUUUGCACUACACCAUUCGAGUUCCUUCACAGUUUGGGAUCUCGAGCAGUGAAAGCUACGUUACCACGUAUGUGAAGGCAUGUUCCCUCUACGAGUCUAAUCUGACAGAACUCAUCACCUUAUCUGUAGAUCACCUGGGCUAUGUCUAUGGGGUUGGCCUGAGACCUCUUGUGGCAGGUUGUAGCGACAAAGCCUAUAAGCCUGGUUUUGAUGGUGUCACACCAUUUUUCAACACCACUGUCCAGAUUCUUUACCAGUCUAAUGGACCAUUACCCGACACACAGACCUAUGUCCAGAGAAUGGAGAAGGAAAAGCGUGAUCAGGCCGGCGGCAAGGGCAAGGAUAAUAGGUCAUUCCUGGCAAAGUACUGGAUGUACAUUGUACCAAUUGUCAUUUUUAUGCUCAUGUCAUCACAGCAACCUGAUCAACAAGGUGAAGGCGAAGGUGGUGGAAGUUAGACCUAACAAUGUAAGGCUCAAAUGCAACAGCAGUGUCACUGAUUCAGGGAACAAUUACUGAAAUGUAAUUGUAAUUUUAUUGAGAUCCGUCUCCACUACAAUCCAUUCCAACAUGUACUGUAUUUUCAAAUAUCUUGUUACAGUAAGAUCCAGGCUAAGAGAGUUAUGAGGGCUCCAUUUUCCCUAUUGCAAUAUUCCCUCACUUUACCGACUGUAAAAAUUAUCUUCAUUUCAACAUGUAUUCUUAAAGUCAGGCGCAUUCCCAGGAUUUCUGAGGGGGGGGGGGGGGGGGGAGAGGGCGCAAGCGUAGGUAUCAUAUGGAAAUAGCAUAGUUGUUGAAGAUUCCUUAAUAUUAAAUGACCCACUUUUUGGCAGCCAAGAAGGGCUGCACAUGGACACCCCCCUGUGUAAGCAACUAAAAGUUGUUAUAUUUUUAAGAAGACAGUCUAAAGAAACUUUGAUAUAUUUUUUGUCUACAAUGAUUCGUGUGCAUACUUCGGAUUUAGGUAAGUCUACAGAUUAUAGUCCAAGGACACUAAAUUACAAAGUUGUGCACUAAACAUGUUCAUCAAUUAGUUUUUUUUUCUUGCAAGUGAGAUAGUGUGAGAAUUGGUAUUUAAUUUUUCCAUUGAAAGAGUAGCCUCGUAAUAUCUUUAGUUUUGUUGUACCUAGCUCCAACAAUAAUUUUUAAUCUAUGGAACACUAACUAAAAAUAAAAUUAACACCAUUUCACCCUCGAA